UCAUUUUUCCUUCUUGCUUAAUCAUCUCUGGCUAACACAUAAACUUGUGUCUUUAUCUUCAUUAGGUUAUCACUUUUGUUGGGAAAAUUAUGGGAACUUUAUAUAGGCAUGGAAAAAUGUUUGUGCUUAUGGUCUUGCUUGGUCUUAUGGUGAGCUCUAGUGCCUAUGGUGCAGGCAACUUCUACGACACAUUCGAAUCCACUUUCGGUGGCCACAGGGUCCAAAUUUUCGGCCUUGGAAACCGAGAUCUCUCGCUCUCGUUAGACCAAGGUUCUGGAUCUGGGUUUCGGUCUAAGAAGGAGUAUUUGUUUGGUAGGAUUGAUAUGCAAAUGAAACUUGUUGCAGGAAAUUCUGCUGGCACUGUUACCACUUUAUACUUAUCAUCUGAUCAAAGUACAGGUAGACACGAUGAAAUCGAUUUUGAGUUCUUAGGGAAUGUGAGUGGGCAGCCUUACACCCUUCAUACCAAUGUAUUUAGCCAAGGGCAAGGCAAUAGGGAACAACAAUUUCACCUUUGGUUUGAUCCAACCACCAACUUCCAUACCUAUUCCAUUGUUUGGAACCCCAAACUCAUCAUGUUCUUGGUAGAUGAAACACCAAUAAGAGUAUUCAGAAACUACGAGAAUCGUGGAAUUAUGUUCUUCCCAAAGAAUCAACCACAAAGAAUAUAUGCUAGUCUUUGGGAAGCGGACGAUUGGGCAACACAAGGUGGAUUAGUAAAGACCGAUUGGUCUAAAGCUCCAUUUAAAGCCUUCUAUAGGAAUUUCAACAUUGAUACAUCUACAAAUGGGGCAUGGAAGAACCACGACCUCGACGCUACAAGCAGGAACAGAUUAAGAUGGGUUCAAAAAAAUUACCUGAUUUAUGAUUAUUGCUCAGAUUGGAAGAGAUUUUCUCAAGCUUUUCCUCCUGAGUGUAAGCACUCAAAGUUGCUCUAAAACAAUUUUUAUUGAGAGACGCACUUUUUAUAUUGUUUAAAUAGCCCACUUCAUAUAUAUUAUGAGAAUAUAUACUCCUUAUUUGAAAUCGUCUUAUCGAAAGAUAAUUUCUCACAUGAGUAGCUUUUAUAUUUGUUGUAAUAAUUUAAAUUUGUUAAUUGUUAUUUGUUAUUUAUACGUGGAGUUUUUGAAAAAUUCUCAUGUAAUAUGAAAUUUAUUCUUUUACUCUUGUACUAAUGUAUCAAUAAAAUCAUUUGUUUAAUUGUUUUUAAA